AUGUCAAAUGAUCUAGGGUCCCCAUACAUAGGUAUUAAACCCACUUUGUCAACAAAAGCCACUGCAGGUAAAAAUAUUGUUUUAGUUGAGCAAUAUGUUGAAACUGGUUAUGAUUAUGUGCUAUUAGCUAUAACGAAUCCAAAUUAUCGUGAGAAAUCAAAAAAGAUCUUUCACAGGGCUAAAACCUCAAGUGAUAUAACUGUUCCUUCCCCAAAUUUGAAUGAUGUAAAUAUAUUUGCUGGUUCCCAAAUCAGUAAUACUAUUGGGUUACUAUCAAGUUGGAUUGAACUAGAGAGUGAUGAUGAAUUAAUAGCUGAAUUUUCCAAACAAGUGUUGAUUAACGAAUUGGAAUAUGCCAAAUUCAUUGGGCUUAAACAUAUUAUAAUGGCACCACCGAAAGACCUUUUGAAGUUAUCAAACUAUUCCAAGAGCAUAUAUGAUGCGUUAGAUAUUACAGAGUCUCACCAUAUCACUAUAUCAAUCUCAUUACCUUUGUGCGAAGAUAUUGAAGGUCUUUCAAGUCGGCCGCAACACAUCGAUUCCUUAAGCACUUGGGAUAUGUGGAAUUCAAUUAGAACUAACGCUGACUAUAACCCAAGAUUGAAAGUUUCAUUGGCAUUACCAAAAUCAGGAAUACCCAUUACAGUUGUUGAAAGGUGGUUUGCAGAACCUGUGUCUGUAUUGUUAAUGUCAUCAUCGAUAUUCAUUUUGAAUAACAAAGGUUAUCCUGUUUUAUCAAAAACAAAUCAAUCUUUAUUGCAUCAUUUUCAUAUUAAAAAACCUAUUUAUUUAUUGCAUGGUCUAGAUAAGAUCCCAGAAGAAGUUGAUCCUUCAGCAUAUAUGACUUACAUCAAUUAUAUUCUUGUUAGAAAUCAACCACCGAUGUCAAAAAUUGACAAAGUUUCCUCCAAGCAUCAUGACGUUUUAUUGCCUCCAUUACAGCCACUAGCCACUCAUCUUGAUGAUUUCACUUAUAGUGUUUUUGAAGAAGAUAAUGUGAAGUAUGAUCUAUAUGGGAAGGCAAUAUAUUGUGCAUUGUCAGAUUUAUCUCAUUUGAAUAAUAUCAAUAUAGCUAUAGUGGGUGCUGGGAAAGGUGGAUUAGUUGAUGCUGCUUUUGAUGCUGUUACUAAACUUGGAAUCAAUUCUAGAGUCAACAUAACAGCGAUCGAAAAGAAUAAUUCUGCUGUUAUUUAUUUAAGCAAAAGAAAUUUUGAUAAUUGGAAUCAAUCAGUUGAUAUUUUAAAUGUCGAUAUGAGAGAUUGGUCUCCCAAAGAGAGUUAUAAUAUAAUUAUCAGUGAGCUAUUAGGAAGUAUGGGAUGUAAUGAAUUAUCACCUGAAUGCCUUUACCCUUUGGAAAAGUGCUUGGAUAAAGUUCAUGGUUGUUUCAUUCCAGAAUCUUAUACUUCCUUCAUUGCACCAACAUUCACUCCAAAACUAUACAACACAUUGAAAUCAGAAGGGAAUGAGAUCGCAUUCCAUAAGCAGUAUGUCGUGAAACAGUUAGAAUCAUGUUUAUGUUCCACAAAGAUCAAUGAUAUAUGGACUUUUCAUCACCCCUUUUCAAAUUUCUUGAAAACUCACAAGAAAAGAACUAUUUCAACAUUCAAAAUCCGUCACAAAACCGUCAUUCAUGGUAUUUCUGGAUUCUUCACAGCUAAGCUGUACAAAGAUAUUGAGAUUUCAAUCAGACCAGAUAAUCAUACACCAGAUUUAAUCUCAUGGUUUCCCUUGUUUUUUCCUCUAGAACAACCAUUAUAUGUAACUGAUGAUACUGAGCUGGAGAUUUUGAUGGUUAGAGAAUCCUCCAACGGAAAAGUUUGGUAUGAAUGGAGUAUUGAAACAUUUAUGUAUCUGGUUGUACCUGGUGAGAGUUCAAAUGAAUUUCAAAUGCGCGUAAGAACUGGCGUAACGAAAUUGCACAAUCACAGGGGAAAAGGUUUCUCAAUGGAUUUGAACUUGAAUUAUUUAACGAAUUGA